CUCUAUUUAUAGAGCUGGUGGAGCCCGUGGCCCUGAGCUCGGCAGAACACACUCAUUAAAACCGCUUUCCCUAGUACACUUCAACUCGAAGCCCAGUGCCAGUGUGUGUGUGAGAGUGGAAACAGUGCUAGAGAGAGAGAGCAAGAGUUCUAAAGGUUAUCAGUGAUAAAAGUUGUCUGAAGAAAUUGGGAACCUACGGAGACCAUCUCAUGUGGGAUAUUUACGGGAGCUUGCUCGUCUUCUGUAUUAUGAAGAGACGCUUCAGCUGUAGCAGGUGACAUUCGACUCGCAGGGAACUUUCUGCAUAGAUCGACUGAGAAACACCAAGAGAAGACCUGCGAGAAGAAGGUGACUAUGUUAAGACUCCAGCUGUAAGGGAGCCGUUUGAAUUUGAUUGAUUGGAACUUUGGAACUUUGGAACUUUGGAAGUAAACAACAGCGAUGAUUUGAUUUGAAUUUAAAAGACAAUUCUCUUGUGCUCAAACUGUUGCUUUGCUAUAUUUUGCUCGUCUGUCUUUUGGAAAUCUAAAAGCACUGUCCGUUCACAUCCAGAGUUUCAGCUGUAAUCCGAUCCCACACACUCGACAGUAAUUAUAAAGCAGGGCUGGGAAGCAGUACAGGAGAUUUGUCAUUAAGGCACCCUAAAUAAAGACUCAGGCAAAAGGGCGAGGUUUGUGGAUUUCGGUCAUCUAGAUCCACCUAAAAACGGCUCAUGGACCCCCAAGGAGGUCAUUACCUAAACAAGGCAGCGGUGCUGUCGGGACUCGGUGCUGCCCGGAUGCUCCAGCUUCUCCUGGGCUGCACCACGAUGGCCCUGGUGGCCCACAGCGCGGGAUUCAGCGCCACCUACGGCACCUUCUGCAUGUUCGUCUGGUGCUUCUGCUUCGCCGUCACACUGUUGGUCUUCACCCUGGACGUGACGAGGCUUCACGGGUGCAUGCCUAUCUCCUGGGACAACUUCACCGUGGCCUUCGCCAUGCUCGCCACUCUCAUGUACGUCACGGCGUCGAUAGUGUAUCCCGUGUACUUCCUCAGGUCGGAGUGCCCAUCCGAGGGAUGCGAGGUGAGGAACUACCGAAUCGCAGUCACCGUUUGCUCAAGCGUCUGUUGCUUCGCCUACGGAGCCGAGGUGUUUAUCACACGGGCCAAACCGGGGCAUGUGGUCGGAUAUAUGGCCACCGUAUCCGGCUUGCUUAAAGUGGUCCAAGCCUUCAUAGCCUGCAUUAUCUUCGGCGCCCUGGCCAACGACAGCGAAUACAACCGGCACAUCCCGACUCAAUAUUGCGUGGUCGUCUACAGCCUGUGCUUCGCCGUGACCGUAGUCGUCGUGGCGCUCACCGUUUCUGGGAGGACGUCUUCGUUACGCUUCCCCUUCGACCGCUUCGUGGUCGUCUACACCUUCCUGGCGGUGCUUUUGUAUCUGAGCGCUGCCGUGAUCUGGCCGGUGUUCAGUUUCGAUAAGAAGUACGGAUCCCCGGGGAGACCGGGAGACUGUCCGAGAGGAAAGUGCCCUUGGGACAGCAAGUUGGUGAUCGCCGUGUUCACCAGUGCCAAUCUGGUGCUGUACGUCACCGAUCUGGUGUACUCUCAAAGAAUACGGUUCGUCUCGCAUUCAUCAGCAUAAAGCCAUCUCUUCUCCAAUCCGGUGGAUUUAUGAAUACCGGAAAUUAGUUACAUACAGACAUGCCAAUUAAAACAGCUGUGUGUACUAGUAUAAUUU